UCCUUGCCUGUGCGCAUGCGCGCUGCCGCCGAAUGGGAGGGGGGAACGUGUGCUCGCGUGCAGCCCGGCUGGUCACGUGGCCGGCGCGGGGGGGGCGGGAAGGGCCGGGAAAUGCUGUCGCUGCUGGAGAAGCUGCCGCCGGGACGGGCCCUCGAGUUCCUUCAUAAAAUAGUUGAUGGUAUAUGUGGCCGUGCGUAUCCUCGAUAUCAAGAUUAUGGCACUAUUUGGAGCUUGUCGGAGUGGAUGGAGAUUUUGGAAGAAACAAUGACAUAUUUCAAAACUGCAGUUGGCAAAAACAUAUCUGAUGAAGAGGCUGCUCAGCAGAUAAAUGAGUUAAAUUCGAACUAUCAAGAAGCAAUCACGAAAUGUCUAAAAGGCAGAAAGGAAGAAAUCAGGAAUGCACUAGUGGAAAAAGUAAACGCAAUCUCCUCUGCCCAGCUUCAGGAUUUUGACUGGCAGUUAAAGCUUGCUCUCUCCAGUGACAAGCUUUCCAUGCUGCAAAUGCCACUUCUUAAUCUUGAUCUGGAUGUGAGAGAAAAUGGUGAAAUUAAACCAGUUUCUAUAGAGAUGAAUAAGGAGGAGUUGCAGAACCUAAUAAAUGCACUGGAAGCCGCUAAUAAGGUUGUCUUGCAACUGAAAUGAUGGAAUUCAGAUCAUCGACAGUAUCUGCUGGUGAUGGCUCCCCAUUUGACCUGGAGUGGGCAAGGGGAAAGAAAUGUUCUCUGCAAAGCCAAAAGUUGCUGAUGCUGUAAAAUACUGAAGUGAAAAGGCUAUUAAGACUUGUGACCAAAAAAAAACCUAAUCCUUUUGUAAAAAAUAAUAAAACCUUGUAUCUGUUUGACCAAAACCAUAAAAAUCCAAUGUACAGUUGCUUUUAGUACUAAAGAUUUAUAGAACUAUGGUAAAGUAUCAUUUAUGACGUGUGCCAUAUUUGUUUUGGUUAAACUUCGGCAGUGACUGCACAGGUGCCUAGUAAAACUAACUCACAUAAUGUUACUCUUAUCUAAGGUGCCGUGAUAAUGAAGAACAUGACAAAGUAGCAUGAAUGUAUUUAUACUUGUAAAUAGUAAAUAAACACUUGAUUUUGUGUGUGAA